CAAUGAAAAGUUGAGAGCUCUCCUGGGAUUUUCGCCCCCAGCUCUUUUCCGCUGAUGGAAUUCAUGGUUGGUUCAUUUUCUUGAGUUGUGAGGUGUUAUAACUGUGUUUUGUUGGAAUUUAGUGCUGCUCGUUGUUGGAUUUGAGUCACAAACAUGUUUUACGGUCAAAAAUCCAACAAAUGAGGUUGCUCGACACCGUCUGUACUGUAGAUAUAAUCGCGAUUCUUUUUUUUUGCUAUUGUUUGAUUCAUUCUGAGUAUUUUUGCUGGGAAUUAUCUUGGACUCUCCAUCUAAGACAAACCUGGGAUGAAGGCUAGCUCUGCACCUGUGAAACUAUCAUUCGUCGAAGGUUGUUGAGAAAUUAGGUCUGCGGAAGAUUUGGGCAUUUCCUGUUCGUACGGAAACUGGGACGAAGGCUACCUCUAGGAACUGGUGACGGAUUCCUCUGUCCUCAGAUUUCUCUAAGCUUGGCGUUCUGAGCUGGGACCUGCAAGACUUACUUAACGCUGCUGGUGAAACUUACUGUAUGUGGGAAAGCAGGGAUGGCUGCCCAGGUCUGAUUUCUGCUACUUAUAACUGGACCUGCAAAUGAUGGGAAAACCUAAACAGAGCAAGGUGGAGUCUUCAGCCAGAAUUACCAGGUCAAAAGAAGGUUUUGAACUACUAGAUGGGAUGGAGGAGGAAUUUCCUAUGCUAUCCAAGGCAGCUGGGAAAAAAUCUGCUGCUAAGUGCGUUAGGAGGCAGGCAACAAUUGAUGCUAUACAAGUUCCUACUACUGUGAUGCCACUGCGUCAAAGAAUGCCACUGCUUUAAAGUGCAGGCCAGAACUUCUUCUGGGCUGGGAGAACAAAAAUUAGCACUGACCCAAGGGAUACUUCAGAAAGAAAACCUUGGAACACUUUGUUUAAGGACAACUGAGCCCUAACGCACGGCCUUAAACUAAAAUAUGUUCCACCCAAAGAAAAUGGACUGGACUUUGCUGACAGAAUUUUCCCUUCUAUGGUCGAGAUGUGGGGUCACUGUCUCGUUGGAUUUUUCACAGGUAGAUUCCCCGGACUGAAAGCGGUUCACGAGUUGAGAGAGAGGAAUGAGGUGUGAAAUGCCAAGUUAGGUCCCAUAAUAGGGGUUGGGUCAUUUUUAAGUUUCAAAGUGAAUGUGAUAGAACUAAAGUGUUGAAUGGAAGGCCGUAGUCCAAAUUUGGGAAACUGUUGAUGCUUAAACCACUCCAUGAGGACUUCUCUUUUGUUGAUAAAGAGUUUUUAAAGGUGCCGAUUUGGGUCAAAUUCCCCAAUCUACCCUUAAAGCUAUGGAAUGAUGACGCGAUGAGUGAAGUGGCCUCUAUGGUUGGUGUCCCGCUAACCACGGACAAGGUCACUCAAGACAAGAGCAACCACCACUUUGCUAGAGUGCUUAUUGAAGUGGAUGUUUCCAAACCACCUAAACUUUCAUUUCCUAUAAGGCUACCUUCCCGUAAGAUAUUCAAACAACAUGUGGUGUACGAAACAUUUCCUAAUUUCUGCUUUCAUUGCAAAGAGUAUGGGCAUCAUCCCUUCAUUUGUAAAGCUCUGGCCGAGAAGGAGAAAGUAGCAAAUGGCCAGAAUGUUACCGAAAAUGUUGGGAAAACAGUUUCUACAAAACAAGAUGACCACAAUGAGUUUGAGCAAGAAAGAAAUAUACUAGAAAUCACCUGUGGAAUGAUGAUGCCUGUUGCUGCGAUUGAGGAACCUGUUGAUGCAUUUGAGGAACCUGCUGAUGCUUCUGUGGAACCUGCUGCUGCUGGUGCGCUACCUAUUGCGGCUGGGGUGGAACCUACCGCUGCUGGUGCACUACUUACUGCUGCUGGUGCGGUAAUGGAACCUGCAAUUGCGUUUGUAGAUGCUGGGAUGGAAGUGGUCGAGGAAAUGGUUGCUGGAAUGGAAGCCAUUCCGCCGGAAAAUGCUACUGCUUCGCCGGAUCCUGCUGCUGGGAUGGAAAGGCCACCGCUAGCUGCUGCUGCACCAGAUUUAGAAGACCUCGCGCUGGAAGAAAUUGCUCUGCUGGAUGUAGAAAAUCCCGGGCUGCUGGAUGCUAGUGUGGAUCUGGACAGAUUUGAAAGAGUUGAGUUUUUGGGUCGGGAUGGGAAGAAAAAAGUAAAAUAUUUGGAAAAGAAUAGGCGGAAGAAACCUGGGAGGAAAUAAAACAGGGGAACAGUAGCAAAAUCUGCUACUAACUAUAGCUGCUAAUUGCUACUGCUCAUUUGGGAUUGAUUCUUGUGAUGUUUAACUUUCAUUUCAUGAAUUUUGAGAAUUGGGGCAUGUCCUGUGAUUUUGAUGUAUUAUAUCUAGGUUAGUUUUCUAGCUUAGAUAGUGAUUUUGGUCUGGAUUUGAUGCAUUGUACAAUGCUAUUUUUGGGUGGUUUAUAUAUAUUUACAUUUCAUCCAAAAA